AUGGCGCCCGUCAUCCUCUCGAUGGACGUCCACUGCCACGGCUGCGCGAAGAAGAUCCGGAAAGCCAUCAUGAAACUGCCCGGGGUGGAUAGCGUGACUUUCGGGACUGGGCUCGUGCUGAUCGAGGGCACGGCCGACCCGGCGGUGCUCAGGUCGCGGCUCCAAGACAAGACCGGGAAGGCCGUCAACGUCGUGAGCAACGGCGUGGAGGACGGUGAGGCGGCCAGCGGCGGUGGCCGCGUCAACGGCCACGCUUCUCCGCCGCCUCGGGCACCCAUCAUCCUAGAGAUGGAACUGCAUUGUAGGUCCUGCGCUAAGAAGGUUGAGAAGCGAGUGAUGCAGAUCCCAGGCGUGGACACGGUGACGACGGACGUGGUGGCGAGACGGGUGGAGGUCACCGGGACGGCCGACGCCUCGGCGGUGGCCACGAGCCUCCAGGUCAGGACGAGGAGUUCCGUCAGAGUUGUCAGUGACUCCCGGAGGUUGGACUUCCCGGCAGGAUACGACCACGAGCAGCGGAAGGCGGUCGCAGCAUGGGCGGCCGCACAGCAGAUGUAUGGGGAGCCGCGGGAGGCGGCUACCGAUCCCAGUGGCGCCUCGUCAUCUGCGCCCCUACCAGUGGCACCUUGCUGCAGGCGCCGGCGAGGACGACGUCCCCGUGCGCCAGCCCCAUCUCCACCCGUUCAACCGGGAAGCAGCAGCAACCGGCUUCCGUCGCCGCCAUUGCAGUCGUACGGUGCCCCUGCACCGCAGGCUGCUGGGGCUGGCUACUACUAUCCAGCACUAGGAAUGUACGGUGGUCAAUACUGGGCGGCGGCGCUCUCCCAACCGCCGGUCGGCUUCUAUACGGGUCAAUGGCCGGCGUACCCACCACCGGAGGGCUAUCCGUGGCAAGGAGGUGAAGUGUACGGCGGCCAACAGAUGUGGGCUCCCUGCCAGCAGGACGAGAACCCCCACAUUUGCCGCGUCCAGUGA